CUGGAGUAGUUUAUAGUUUUAUACAGUCCAGCCUUGAAACCUAUCCCAGUUCUCAUCGCACUAAAAUCCAUUUCAUAAAUGACCAUUAAUAUGGACGAUCACAUAGAGAGGGUGCUCUGGACUGAACAUCAAAUUGCCGACCGAGUCUCCGGCCUCGCCUCUGAGAUCACCCACCAGUUCUCUAGCGCCGCCGCCGCCCCAGUCUUCGUCGGUGUUGCCAACGGAGCAUUUAUCUUUCUUGCCGAUCUUGUUAGGAAAAUCAACCUGCCAAUCACGGUUGAUUCCAUUCGGGUCGGUUCAUAUGGUUCCGGUACAGUGUCUAGUGGCAAGCCCAGUAUUUAUUCCGACUUGAAAAUCGAUGUUCAAGGAAAGCCUGUGGUUUUGGUAGAGGACAUAGUGGACACAGGAAACACUUUAUCAUGUCUGAUUGAGCAUUUGAAAGCUAAAGGAGCAUCCUCUGUAUCAGUCUGUGCCCUUCUUGAUAAGCCAUCCAGACGAAAGGUCAAUCUUGAGCUGGUGGGGGAUGGCAAGUUUUACUGUGGUUUUCAGUGCCCAGAUUACUUUGUAGUUGGAUAUGGUUUGGACUUCGCUGAACAGUACCGAAACCUGCCUUAUGUUGGGAUUUUGAAGCCUGAAAUGUACAACAAUACUUGAUCCAUUCCAUAUUUUAAGCAUAGCACGGUAUAAAUUGGGAGAUGUUAGACAGAACUUUCUACUUGUAUUUCUGCAACAGAAACAACCAUUCCCCCUAUUUAUAUGUAGUCAAGUUUUCUUUAAGCUACUUUACUGCAAUGUGCUUAUACUGUGUACAUAUCAAGGAUGGUAACAUCACGUGUAAACUUUUGCUUUCAUUUUUAUUCCGAAAAGGCAUAAUUAGUUAAGGGUUGAGAGUUUAUAUGUUA